AUGAAAGGAAAAUUGCAAGCAGUGGGAAGAGAUCGUCUCAGCUCUACAGCAGUAUCCAACGAGCCCACAUCAGGGGAUGCUAAGUCCACGAGCAUGUGGAGAUUAUGGGCAACAGACUUACGAUUUGGAAACUACGCAAAUCUCGGAGAACAGCAAGAACCGUUUUGUACCAAGCUCUCCCACUACACAAUAUGCUAUUGUCCGCUUGAUGAUAAAGUUCAAUUCAACAAUAUAGCACAACAGCAGAUAAAUCGUGUGUGUUUCUGGGGAUACGGUUGCUCACAGCUCUAUGAACCGUAUAUCAGUGCGAGGACACGAGAAAACGGUUCUCCAGGAUCUAUCCAGCUCUCGUCUUGCUUCUGA